AUGAAGAGUCUAGCAAAGAAGUUGCAGAGAUUAGCCAGGAAAACCCAUAUGAGCAGUUCUAUGAGAUCUUCAAGCGUUCCACCAGGAUUCUUGCCUGUUUAUGUUGGCAAAGAAGGCCACCGUUUUGUUGUGGAUGUGAAUUUUUUGAGCCACCCUUUGUUCGAGGAGCUUUUAGAGUUGUCUGCAGAGGAGUUGGGAUAUUCUCACAAGGGUGGCCUUAGAGUGGCCUGUAACAUAAGGAUAUUUGAAUAUCUGCUCAGCCUUCUCAAUUCCAGGAACCCAUCUGCCCAUUACUUGCAAAUAACCGACCUAUUAAAUCAGUUUUCUGGCUAA